AUGAUCGCGAAUUUCUUCAAGCCUCAAGCUCCUUCAAAUACUAUUCCUAGCUCUCCUUUGCCAAGUUCUCAUUUGCCAAGUUCUUCGUCGCCUGUCAAUCUUUUCAAUGCAUCGGAUAAUGACAAAGUGUUGGCUGAUUUGGAUCUUAAAUCAGAUCCUGCUGAAAGAAAACAAAUGUAUAGAAAAGCUGAAAAGCAUGUGGGAGAAGUGAAUAGUGUUCAUACUCGAUGUUUCAUGAUGAUGCUAGAUUUGAUGAGUCAAGAACAAUCUAUUCUAACUUCAUUUGACAAGCCUUUUGAGAAAUUUAAAGGUGAUUAUCGGGUUCGCUUGAAUGCUUCGGUUGAUGUGAUAAGGUAUCUUUUAAAAGAAGGAAUGCCUUUCCGGGGUCACAAUGAGUGUGUAACUUCUACAAGAAGGAGUCAUUUUCUAGAUCUCUUAAAGUGGUAUGCCGAUAAGAAGGAAGAUGUGAAAAAUGUGGUACUAGAAAAAGCUCCAAAAAAUAACACCACGACUUUUCCCGAUAUCCAAAAAGACAUUGUGAAUUCUUGUGCAAAAGAAACAGUGAAUGCAAUUAUUGAAGACUUGAACGGAGAUUACUUUGGGAUAUUGGUUGAUGAGUCUAAGGAUGUUUCUCAUAAGGAACAAAUGGCUCUUGUCUUGAGAUAUGUAAACAAGGAGGGUAAAAUUAUUGAGCGUUUUCUUGGUCUUGUUCAUGUGAAAGAUACAUCUGCAAAGUCAUUGAAAGAAGCGAUCUAUUCUUUGCUUUUAGACCAUUCUUUGAGUCGAUCUCAAAUACGGGGACAAGGUUAUGAUGGAGCUAGUAACAUGCAAGGAGAAAUUAAUGGUCUUAAAACUCUGAUUCUGAAAGAUAAUUCUUCAGCAUAUUGCGUACAUUGCUUUGCUCAUCAAUUGCAAUUGACUCUUGUAGCCGUUGCAAAAAAAACAUCAUGA